GUGAGAAAACCUUCCAGAAGAAGCCGUGACGAGAGGAUCUGAAGCAUGGCAUGCCCAAAAUUCAAGCCGCUGUUCUUCCUCACCUUCAUCACGGGUCUGGUCGAGUGUCUAUGUUUCGCUGGAGUCAUCUUCGGAUGGGCAGCCCUGGUUUUCGUCCUGAAAUCAGAGGGCUACUUUGAGUCAUCGUGUGUCAACAUCACAAGUGCCAACGGAACACAGACCCUGGAUUGCAGAGCUCAGGACGAGCAAUUCUCACUGGUCUUCACCAUCGCAUCCUCCUUAAAUAGUUUCUUUACACUGCCCUGUGGAAUUUUUUUCGACCGUUUCGGGACCCUGGUGACUCGGAUCUGUGCCAUAUGUGUUUACACUGGGGGCAUGUUGAUGGUGGGCCUCUCAUCUCCAGUGCUUGCCAUCCUGCUGUUCCCAGCAAUGUGCUGCAUUGCGAUCGGUGGAGUUCUGAUCCUGAUCUCCAACAUUCAGGUUGGGAAUCUUUUUGGCCCUCGACGCUUCACCGUCAUCACUCUCUACAACGGAGCGUUUGACUCUUCAGCAGCUCUCUUCUUCGUCCUAAAGCUCAUUCAUGAAUCUGGGAUCUCCUUACACCAUCUCUUCCUGUUUGUAGCCGCCUGCAGCGUCAUUCCUCUGCUCAGAACGUUUUUCCUGUUGCCCAGACACUUUAUUCCACACCCAUUGCCAGAGAACUACACAUUCAGAUCACCCUGCUCUGCACGCAAGUCACAGACGGCUGAACAGUUGAAGGAGGAGCCUGCUGUACCAGAGAUUCCUGAAAAAACGUUCCGAGAAUGUGUUCUAUCAAGGCUGUUUUUGCUCCACAUCAUCUGGUUGUCGGUCAUGCAGCUCAGACAUUUACUGUUCAUCGGCACGCUGAACCCCAUGCUGCUCCGUCUGACUGAGGGAGAACCCUCACUAGUGAGCGAGUAUAUCAACGCGUUUUCAAUCACCCAGAUGUGCGGCGUGUUGUGUGCUCCAUGGAAUGGACUCAUCAUGGACAGACACAAGGGCAAGCCUCGAGCUGAAGGGAUGAGUGAGCAGGAGGCUGAUCUCAACUCUUCUUGGCUCUCGCUGCUCCUGACGGCGCUGCAGUGUUUGCUCUUCUCACUGUGCGCGUCCAUACCGUCUCUUCCUCUCCAGUACCUCACCUUCAUCCUGCAAGUGCUCAAUCGCUCUUUUCUGUACGGCGGCAACGCAGCAUUCCUCAGUGUGGCAUUCCCCUCAUACCACUUUGGAAAACUGUUUGGUCUGGUCAUGAGUGUGUCCACCGUAGUUUCUCUGCUACAGUACCCCUGUUUCACUAUUGUGGAGGAUGUUCUGGGUGGUGAGCCUUUAUAUGUCAACAUUGGUCUGACCGUUCUCAGCCUGCUGGCCUUCGUUCACCCUCUGUCCGUUUACCUGCACUGUCGAAAACUCAUUCCUCAGCGAGCAGCAAACAAGGCACAAGGCCUAAAUAUACUGGGGUUUUAACGUGGAAAAAAUACUUCUCAUCUGCACUUGUUCACUUAAAAUCUUUUCAGGUGAUUGGCGUGCUAGUUGUUGGGUGAUAUGAUGGCAACUCGGUUUUGUUUCUUUCCCAAAGCAAAUGAUUCUAAUAAAGUUGGCUAUAUACUAAAGAUUCCCAACUUUCACCACCUGCUGGAGAAUCAAUGCCAGUGCGACAUUCAGAUCUUGUAAAUAAAGCAGCUGAUCAACAUGUUUAGGAGAGAAAAAUAAUGUCGUCUGAAAUGUGAAAACAUUUGGCUUUACAAAAGGAUUUUUUGGAUGAUGAACAUGUGCUUGCAUCGAUUUAUUGUUUUCUUGUCAGUUGUUUUCAUACUGAAGUAUAUUUCUAUG